ACGCAGUGUGUCUUGAGCUGUAUAUAUUUUUUGUCUUUUACUGAUAAGCGUCGAAAAUAUACUAGUUAACUUAAGUUUCUACAUAUUAUUGAAAAAAAAUUUUUAAAACAACAAUUAUAAAAAAACAAAAAGCUGAAUAAUUGUCAAUCAUGUAUGUAGCAAUGAUGUCUGUUAUUUUUUUAACUAUCGCAACUUUUAAUUUAAAAGCCGAAAUAUUGAAAGGCAGUAAAUGCUUCGAUCAUGGAGAGUAUUGUAACAUCGACAAGGAUUGCUGUUCUGAAAAAUGUUUAUUUAUUAAAGUAAAUAAUAGUAAAAGAUUUGGAUUGUGCAUUCCUGUGAUGUAUAAUGAUAGAGACGAAAAAAUCAAGAAUCGGCCAUUCUGUCUUAGAAAUGGAAUUUCAUGUCUGGAUCAUAGUGAUUGCUGUUCUCUCAAAUGUGUAAAUAUCGGUUUAACAACAAUGCGUUUGUGUACUGCUCGAUAAAGAAAACAUUUAUUGAUCACAUAAAAUAAGAUAUCAUAAUAUUUAAGAUUAUGUGUACAAAUAUGUUAAUGUUUGUGUAAACAAUGCAAGAGUAAAUAUAUAUGGUACAC